GUCCCACUGCUCUUUUGGCACAUGGAAUAGGCUAUGGCAGCACAGUCACUACACAUCCUGCCAUGAAGGAGAAGAUGAUGGUUGACGACCACUAUAAAUAUUCAGAGGCCCGAGUGCAGAAGGAUGGCCAUUACAUCACCAGCCGUGGGCCAGGAACCAGCUUUGAGUUCGCCCUGACGAUUGUAGAGGAACUCAUGGGGGCUGAGGUUGCAGCUCAAGUCAAGGCUCCUCUUAUUAUGAAAGACUGAUGGUUCACUUGUAAUCCUGUAAGCUGCACUGCCCAGUAUAACGCUCUGGAAAAACUGAGACAGCUGGUAUAGUUUGGCUUUAGCUGAAAGGAAUGGUAACAAAUUAUUUUUCUAUCAGACAUGAGUCUUGAUUUUUAUUUUAUUUUUU